AAAUUACAAACAUUCUAUUAGCAAAAUUCCUCAUUUUUUUAAACUCAUUAUUAGAUUAGCAUAAAUAAGAACACACCCUACAAACAUACUUAUAAUAGAGCAGAUCUGCAGUCUGGCAACACUGAAAUUGGCAAUUGUACUUCUCGCGAAUAAGAAUAAGAAAAACAAAUUUCGUGUAGUUACUUUAUCUUAUUUUGUCAACAAAUAAACGAUGAACUAUGACGGCCUCCUUUCCAAGUUGACCGACGAAAAACUGAUGCUCUUCGAAGCUGCCGGCGAGGGCAACAUUGUGGAGGGUAGCCGGAUAUGCGGCCAGGAUGCGGAUCCGCUAUCCUUGCCGCUGGUGGAGGACGGCGCCAUCGAGGAGGAGCAGGCGGCCCCCAUACAGACGAUUCAUCGUACCGUAUUCGCCGUUCCACGCGCCCCCUCUCCCUCCCCCGUAAGCACUUCCUCUGCGAAUCUGAACCUCAAGACGGAAAACGCUGCGACAGCGACUCCGCAGCGCAAAAUAUCGACGUCAUCACGUUUCAUGAACGCCUUUAGUCAGCUCUACGGCGGCAGCGGCAGCGGCAACAGCGGUCCGAGCUGCGGUCACGUGGAGCAGCACAGCGAGGAACCUGGUGACCUGUCGGCAAACCGUACUCCCACCAAGGGCAUGGAGUCCAAGCUCGUGGCCAUGUGGCACAAUGUGAAGUAUGGCUGGAGCGGCAAGAUGAGGCAGACCAGCUUCUCAAAGGAGCAGCCCGUGUGGCUGCUGGGACGGUGCUAUCAUAGACGCUUUACGCCGCCCGUUAGUAUGGAAAGUUCCAUCACCGAGCUGCCCAAUGGGGCGGAUACCACCCCCGAUAACGCCACAUCGGCGUUCGACAGCAUUCAAGCCCCAUCGACGUCAGCCUCCUUGUAUCCAGCUCUAAAUCCCCAGCAGAUCGAUGAGAUUGUGGUGCCCCAGGAACUGGGCAUGGACGCAGUGGAGAACCAGGUGGGCGAACAGCCUUGGGAGGAGGGCAUUGAAGGCUUUCGUCGUGACUUUUAUAGUAGGAUUUGGAUGACCUACCGGCGAGAGUUCCCAAUAAUGAAUGGCUCCAACUACACCUCUGACUGCGGAUGGGGAUGUAUGCUAAGAAGUGGUCAGAUGCUCUUAGCUCAAGGACUCAUCUGUCACUUCCUAGGGCGCAGCUGGCGCUAUGAUUCUGAGUCUCAGUUGCACUCAACUUACGAGGACAAUAUGCAUAAGAAGAUUGUCAAGUGGUUUGGCGACAGUUCUUCAAAAAGCAGUCCCUUUUCCAUCCACGCUCUGGUGCGGCUUGGGGAGCAUCUGGGUAAAAAACCUGGUGAUUGGUACGGUCCGGCCUCUGUUUCCUAUUUGCUUAAACACGCUUUAGAGCACGCAGCUCAGGAAAAUGCAGACUUUGACAAUAUUAGUGUCUAUGUAGCCAAAGAUUGCACGAUUUACUUGCAAGAUAUAGAGGAUCAAUGCAGCAUUCCGGAACCGGCGCCAAAACCCCAUGUGCCUUGGCAACAAGCGAAGCGGCCGCAGGCGGAAACUCCUAAAACGGAGCAACAGCAGCACUGGAAGUCCGUCAUUGUUCUGAUACCUCUGCGCUUGGGCAGUGAUAAACUGAAUCCUGUGUAUGCCCAUUGUCUAAAGCUGCUGCUGAGUACAGAACACUGCCUGGGAAUCAUUGGUGGAAAGCCAAAGCAUUCGCUAUACUUUGUCGGCUUCCAGGAGGACAGGCUCAUCCACUUGGAUCCGCACUAUUGCCAGGAGAUGGUCGAUGUAAACCAGGAGAACUUUUCCCUGCACUCGUUUCACUGCAAGUCACCACGGAAGCUAAAGGCCAGCAAAAUGGAUCCUAGUUGUUGUAUCGGAUUUUACUGUGCCACCAAGAGUGAUUUCGAUAGUUUUAUGGAGAGCGUUCAGUUGUAUUUGCAUCCCAUGCGUUGCGCCUCUGGCGCAACUGUGGAUAAAGCAGCUGGGAACCAUCAUACGACGCCUCAAUCAUCCCAUCAAACCGAGCAAACAGAGAUGAACUAUCCACUGUUCACAUUUUCCCGCGGUCGUUGCUUGGAUCACGAGCGAGACGAAAUGAGCGAUUCGCUAUACAAGCCGCUCAUAAAACAGGUGGCUUCCCUGGCCCAGGAACUGGGCGCACAAUUGGCGCCGCCGCAGCAUGGCGAUGAGAAUGAGCAAGAUGAUAGUGAAAGCGAAGAGUUCGUGCUGCUGUAGAUCGUCUCCGCCCCAUAACCGUGUUGCUGUGCUAGCUGUGUUAUUUGCUCAUUAUUAUUUGAUUUAGUUCCCAGCCGCCGUUGCUUGCUUGCUCGCCCAGAAAAACCCAACAGACCCGUAUCUCAAACACAAAGACUUUGUUAUACCUUUACGCCUACGUAUAUAGUACAUAGACGCAUGCAUGUAUCUUGAAUAUUUACUGAUUUCCACGUUAAUCUCUCUUUUGUUCGACCUGUUGUCUCGCAUUCUGCCAAAGUUUUUCAGCGUUCUCCAUGUUCGAGCAGCCCGAUCUGUUUAUAUGUGUUAUAUAUAAACUUAUGUAAUUUGCGGUAUUAUUAUUUUAAAAUCAUGAAACUUUAAUGGAAUUGAAUUAUUAUACAAUGGUGCCAGAAUUGUCACCAUUCUUUGAAGUGUUUCAUGUAGUCCUUAGUUCUAGAGUUUAGUUAAUUUAUGUAAGUCGUCUUGUAAUUGUUCGAUCAUUAUUUAGUUUUAACAUUAAUUGUAUAUACCCUCGAGUAAAUGAAUAAACUAUCCUAACUUAUAC